AUGCCUGAUGACCGGAAAGGAAGGGGUUUCCCAGAUAGGGAGCCUACAUCGUCCUCAUUGACCAAAAAGUCCCCAUUCGAGAAAGCGAAAGCCGAAGCCGAAGCCAAGCGCGCCCGGGAAAGGGCUGAAACUGCCGCCGUUUAUGAGGACUUCGUGAAGUCUUUUGAAGAGGAUGCCUCUGCACCUACAAGAGUUGGAGAUGGCAGACAAGGCAAUUUUGGGGGCAGAGGUGGUGGAUUGGGGGCAGCGCGGCCGUCAAGACACUUUUCGAGCUCUGGAGCUCGACACAGCGGCCCUGGGACACUACCACCACCUUCCACCUUCGCGUCUCGGGGUGGUCAGAGGGGCUUUGGACAACCGCCACACGGUCGAGAUUCAACAUCAGGUAUCCUGGGCUUUGAUCCAUCCCCUCCCAUCCCAAGCGCUCCCCGAUCCGCGUUUCAUAGCACUUCGGACGACGAAGAUGAUCGCCGGGCCGACGCAAGAGAGGCGGAGAAGGCGGCCUCCAGGUACACUCUGUGCCUUGAGUCGUUACCAUUGGGAACAUCUCCUUCCGUGCUGAAAUCCCUGAUCCCAUCCUUUCUCACUGUGGACAAUGUGAACAUCGUGCGACCGAACAAUCAAUCAGCCACCGAGCGAAAGUCCGCAGCCGCUAUCGUCACUUUGGCAAGUGACACGCCACUUUCAGAUGUCAACUCAGCCAUUAGCCUGCUUGACAAAAAGUACCUGGGCCGAGGACACUACCUAUCUAUUCACAAGGGUCAUUCAUCGGCUGCGAUUAAUUCAACCCUGCCGACAACCCUCGGCACAACAACAUCGAAAUCCCUUCCCUUCGGUGCAAAGGCGGUUCAACAAAAUUUUGGUGGGAGUCUCAGUCGCGCACCACCCCCAGGCUCCCACCGCGGGUUUGCGCCUCCAGACUCAUACGGGCCAGGCAACGGAAGGGGCGGAGGCUCUACGAAAGUCGAGGUCCAAGCACCCGCAGAUAUCAAGCAGUUGAGACUCAUCCAUAAGACUUUGGAAAUGCUGCUAAAUCACGGACCUGAAUUCGAAGCCCUCCUGAUGAGUCGACCGGAGGUACAAAAGGAAGAGAAGUGGGCAUGGAUUUGGGAUGCGCGGAGUCCUGGGGGCGUCUACUAUCGUUGGAAGCUCUGGCAAAUCGUCACCAGUCCUCGAGCGCAGAGUAGAGGCAAGACUGCAGGCCGGCAAGCAUACUCCGUCUUCGAUGGUGGGCCUGUCUGGGUUCCAUCCGAUAUGAGCAUCAAAUUUGAAUACACUACACGCCUCGACGAGUUUGUUUCCGAGGACGAUUACAAUUCAUCAGAAGAAGAGAUGUCUGAUGGCGAAGAAGAUAGACGCAAUCUCGGAGGCGGGCCUUCUUCAGAGAAUGCCGCGUCGCACCAAGACAAUGUGGGCUAUAUGAAUCCCUUGCAGAAAGCAAAGCUCACGCAUCUGCUUGCUCGUCUACCCACGACUCAUGCGAGACUGCGGCGUGGUGAUGUGGCUCGAGUUACAGCCUUUGCCAUCAAACACGCAGGUACAGGUGCGCGCGAGGUCGUUGACAUGAUCAUACUGAACAUUCUUCAUCCUUUGGCAUAUACGGGAGCCAAUCCGGGGCGAGAGGUGGAGAAGGACGCCGCGAGACAGGAAGAAGAAGAUCGGGACGGCAAAUCGGUUGCCAAAACCAAAAUUGAUACGUCGUCGGCCAAGCUGGUGGGAUUAUAUCUCAUUUCCGACAUCCUCGCAUCGUCAGCCACCAGUGGUGUUCCUAAAGGGUGGCGAUACCGGUCUCUCUUUGAGAAUGCUCUCCGCUCACACAAGGUCUUCGAACAUCUCGGUCGGAUGGAAAAGGAUCUGAACUGGGGACGGUUGCGUGCCGAAAAAUGGAAGCGCAGUGUGGGCGCCCUCCUUCACCUGUGGGAGGGUUGGAGUAUUUUCCAACCCUCCAAUCAGGAACACUUCCUCAAGGUGCUUGAGCAUCCGCCACCGACCGAGGAGGAAUUGCAGAAAGAGUCAGAGAAAGCGGAUGCUGAACAGUCCAGUCAUCAAGCUUCCAAGAGCAAGAGUCGGUGGAAGACCGUGGAUGAUGACGCGGAAUCUGCAAGAGUCAAGGAUGACCCCUUUAUUGACACAAAAAUCCAGGACCGUCCUUCUACAAGCGCACCGGCUAUGAUGGAAGACGAGUCUAUGAGCGAUCUUGACGGUGUUCCAUUGGAGGACAGUGAUCUAGAAAUGCAGGAUGAUGGCGAUUAUGAAGACGAGGAGGAGAUAGUAGGAGAAGAAGAGAACGAUCACGGAGGCGGGCCAAUGGAAGAAGAUCCAUCUCUGCAUGCCCAAUCGAAUGCUCAGCAAGCUUUAGAUGACGGGCCAAUUCAGCCUGAACAGCAUGAGGGGCAAGUACAACGAGGGCAGCGAAGACCAAGGCCCAAGGCCGAGGAUAUGUUUGCAUCAGAUUCAGAUUGA